UUUACCAUAUAAUUGUCAAAACGUGCUCUGUGCACCGAAAUUUUCAGUUUCCAACAAUUUAUUCAAUUAUUGAAAUAAAAUGAAACUAAGCACCUAUAAUUUCCUUACCUCAAAAGCCAUCAAAGGUGUUAAAGUUGGAUAUCCCCUUAAAUUGACGAUAUCCAAAAAAGAUGUUGUGGAAACGGAAUUCAAUCCCACUUUCAUAGAGAGACUAUUGCCCAAAUUAGAUUGGCCUACCGUUUACUUGGCGGCUCAGACGGCCGAAUUGGCUGACGAUAUACCUGCAGAGCAGCCUACAUCACUAGCCGACAAUGAAGAACUCCUACAAAGACUUCAUCAUCUUUUGCUGGAGAUUGAUGUUUUGGAAGGUCAACUGGAGUGUCCUGAAACGGGACGCAUAUUUCCCAUAACAGAUGGCAUACCCAAUAUGUUGCUAAACGAAGAUGAAGUUUAGAUGGACAAACAAGGCACAGUGGGGGUCUUUUUGCAUUUGUAUAAUUUGCUAUAUGUUAAUUGUAGCAAAUUUGUUAAAUUUAUUAGCAGUAAAAUUAAGUUUAUAAAUAGUUUA